UGAUGCUAAACUAGUUUUUGUCUUCUUGAUUUUUUUCAUGGGCUAAUUUUUAUUACAUUUCUUUAGUUUUGUGUUGAUAAAUUUAAUUGUAUUCGUGUCAUAUCCUUCCAAAGUUUAUUUAGACCAGUUCAAGAUGUGAGGAUCCUGUGCCAGCAGAAGUAAAUGUCUGGUUUUGUUACAUUUGUCCCUGCAAGGAGUGUAAAGUUCAUUUUGGAUGGAGAGAGUAAACCCUUGUUUUAUAUGCAAUUCAUGUGUGCUUGUGAAGCCCUACUAGGAAAGAGAAAAAGUCCCUGAUAAGUAUGACAUUCUCUCAUUUUCUCUUUCAUUUUAUGCCUUGACCUCAUCAUGCUUUAAUCUUGCAACUAUUUUGCAGGAGGCAAAAUCUACAGCAGCAGUUAGAGAUGGGUAACUACUGUGCUUGCAGGCUUGAUUUUAAAGAGAUGCAUGAGCUCUACCUAUGAGUAAAGAUGAUAUACAGUCCACAGGAUCUUCAGCAUGCUAUUGAAUAGCAAAGGAGAAGGUUUAUAAAUUUGCAACUUCCAGACUUCAAGAGUGAUUAUGCUCACCAUCACCAAUUUAGAAUUGCAGUCUCUCUAUUGGGCCACUGUUUCCCCUUGUAAAGCAAAAUGCAGAUCUUUCAGUUGACAGUAGCAGUCAAGAAAUCACAGAAGGUGGAUAGAUGUGAGGCUAUGCAAGACUUGUGUUACAGGUAUUGUGACAGGCCAACUCAUUCAACCCUUUUGCAUUUGACCUAAGGAAAUGAGCAACUACCACGUGGAUACAAUUUUUACUCAUGGCUAAUCCUUCAUUUGAGCUAGCUUUCCAGGAGAAUCCACUGAGGAGUUGCAGCGAAGAGUGGUAGAAUGUGGUCUGAGGUGGUGGUGUUUAUAUUUUAAUAUAACCCACCUUCAUUAGGAUGCUUUUCUCUAACUUUUCUGAAAUGUAAUGGGCUUCUAAAUUGUGGAUUUUGAAACAGUAAAAGUUUGAACCUUCA